AUGCCAAACAUACCGCCACCUUCCGGGCUCUAUCGUCAGGACAAUUCUUCUUCUUACAAUAACAAUAGAAAUAACAAUAAUUAUUCUUCAUCAUCAUCGUCAUCAACGGCAUCGCGAGGAAUUUCAGCCUUUCAACGACAACAUAACGCCGAUCAACCUUCAUCAUCAUACAAUAAUAAUAAUAAUAGAAGAGGUGUUGGUGAUAGAGGAGAGAGAGGAGAUAGAGGUGGUGAAAGAGGAUCUUAUCAAUCCUAUGAUUCGCAUAAGAGAAAUUAUAAUGAAUAUAAUGAUGAUCAUCAUCAACAUGAUUCGUAUUCUUCAUCUUCGUAUAAAAAGAAUAAGAUGGAUCAUCAUUAUUCGUCAUCUUCAUAUGAAAAUCAAUCAUCACAAUCAUAUAACAAACCAAAUUCUAAUGGAUUUUCACUAGGCAAUUCAAAUGUAUCAUUUCCGACUAUUUUACCAAGUUUUUUGAGUAAGGAUGCUAUCAAUGCUUUAAUGGCUCGUAUUCGUCUUAAUGAAAUUAAUGAACAAGGAGUUCAAAAUAAUGGAUUUUCCUCUCUAGAACAAUAUGAAAAACACAAAUUAUAUACAGAAGUUCAAAAACUAGUUGCACUCGCAAAACUAAUUAAUCCUCUCUUUUCCUUUGAAAAUCAUUUUGUUUAUGUGAAACAAUUCAUCUCAGAGUGUGAAAUGUCAAUGGCUGAUUCAUUGGAUCAAGAUGGAACUGAUGGAAAACAAAUUAAUAGAAAGAUUUACAUUCCAGUAGAUGAAUAUCCUGACUAUAAUUUCAUUGGUUUGAUUAUCGGACCUGGAGGUUUAACACAAAAGAAACUUGAAAAGGAGAGUGGAGCCAAGAUUGCUGUUCGUGGUAAAGGAAGUGUAAAACCAGGUAAAAUACCAACAAAAUCAUUUGCAGAUGAAGAAAACUUGCACGUUCUCAUCACUGCUGAUGAUGAAGAUUCUGUGGAAAAGGCAGCUGAAAUGAUCAAGAGAUUAUUGAUUCCUGUUGAAGAAGGAAGCAAUGAACUCAAGAAGGAACAACUUAGAGAAUUAGCAAGACAACGAGGUUUUACCAUUGAAGGUAUGAGUGAUGCUGAACUAGGUGUUGUGGCAGAAGAAGGUGGUGAAUCUGCUUUCCUUGCCAAACUUCAAUCAUAUGGACUAAAUCAACACAUGCCAGAUCAACCAACAAUACCUGGUGUGACAUCAAAUGUUGAAAUUCCAGGUAUUACUGACAAUAAGAAAUAUAACAAGAAUAUGGAAAGUGCAAUGGAUAAACUUAAAAGAGAUUUAUUGGGUGGAGAGGAUAAUGAAAAUAAGCAAGAAGAAGAAAAUGAGGAAAUUGUGAUAGAAGCUCCAAAACUUACCACUCCUUCAUCUGCUCCAUUUGAUGAUGCCUAUCAACAAACCUAUGACUUGUACUAUGAUUAUUAUAAGCAAUUCUUUGCAAGACAAGUUGAAACAUUCCAAAAGUUUGAAGAUAUACUGAGAGGAUAUGAUGGUCAGCUCCCUAAAAAUGAUAUGAAUACAGCUUUCCAAGUUGUUGUGAUGGCAGUUAAUGACAUUGUUCCUCCAAUUCCAGGAGAAAAAUAA